GCCGGCUGCGCCCCGGAUGCGCACGGCGCCCCCCUCGUCAAGUCCGAGAGCCCCGAGGACGGCGCCACGACGUGGAUGCAGGAAGCGGGCCGAUACUCGCCGCCGCCAAGACACUUGAGCCCCACCACCUGCACCCUCAGGAAGCACAAGACCAACCGCAAACCUCGGACUCCCUUUACAACCUCCCAGCUCCUGGCCCUGGAGCGCAAAUUCCGCCAGAAACAGUACCUGUCCAUCGCCGAGCGCGCCGAGUUCUCCAGUUCUCUGAACCUCACAGAGACCCAGGUCAAAAUCUGGUUCCAGAACCGCAGGGCCAAGGCCAAAAGACUCCAGGAGGCAGAGCUAGAGAAGCUAAAGAUGGCUGCGAAACCCAUGCUCCCUUCUGGCUUCAGUCUGCCCUUCCCCAUCAACUCACCCCUGCAGGCUGCAUCUCUGUACGGCGCCUCGUACCCCUUCCACAGACCUGUGUUGCCCAUCUCCCCCGUCGGACUGUACGCUACACCUGUGGGUUAUGGCAUGUACCAUUUGUCCUAA